CUUUCCCCCCAAGCAGCCAAUCCAUAGGGGCUGGUCGGCACCUCCUCCUGGUUCUUUCAAGGUAAAGGUAGAUGGUGCGACAUCCACAAGGGGUGCUGGGAACUCAGGAGUUGGUGUGGUCAUUUGAGAUGAGGAAGGAAGGGUUGUAGCAGCUCUCAGUAAAAUGCUGCCCUCGCACUACCUUCCUGAACGGACAGAACUCUUUGCAAUGCAACAGGGGGUUCUCUUGGCCCAGGAAAUGGAACUCUCCAAUGUCAUCUUCGAAACAGAUGCUCUCUCAGUCAUUCAAGCCAUCUCCCAUGACCUCAGUGGUAGUGAAAUGGGACACCUGAUACAGGGAAUUCAGCUUGCAAAGGCUUCCUUUAAUAGUUGCUCCUUUCAUCACUUGGAAAGGGACUACAGGGUUGCUCAUGAGCUUGCCCAGUUUGACAAAUGUAAUCAUGCCAACCAAACUUGGGAAGGGUGUUUCUCCACCCUUUGUAGCUCAUCUGAUUCAAUCAGACCUAGGUUGAUCUCUGUGUUUGCUUUUGGCUUCUGUUGUACUCCUUUUCUUGUUUAAUGAAACAUUUGGUU